UUCCUCUGACUUACAGCACAAAGCUGAGCUGUGAGCAGCCGAACUAACAACUAACCACUUCCUUUUCUCUGCGCCUCCUCCACAAAUACAUCGAGGUGUUGAACUUGCAGUCGUUCUUUCUCUGUCUGAUGGUCAUCAUGUUCCACCUGAACCAAGCAGCUCUUCUCUCCAUCACACUGUUCACGAUGGUCCAAGUCUCUGCAGAUAGUAAUGCAGUUGAGCAGAGGAAUAUAUCGGUGUACAGAGGAGAGUCCGUCACCUUCACCUGCAACGUGUCCAAGACAAAAGUAUCGCAAAUCCGGUGGACCAAAGGCGGAUCGUCUUUUGUGUUUGAAGUCUCAUUAAAUCAGACCUUUUCAAAUUUCACAUCACACCGACUGACAAUAGACACAAACUUCCCCUCAAAGAUGAAUAUUUCAAACGUUCAGCAUAACGAUUCAGAAAUCUACAGAUGUACUUUAUAUGACGAGAAAGGUACGAGGAGUAUUGAGUGGAAUGUAACGGUGUCUGAGGAACAUGAAGAAUUCAGUUAUUUGUGGUUAUAUAUCACAACUGCAACUGGAUCUCUUCUUAGUUUCUUCAUCACAGCUGUUUGUCUCUACAGAAAAAUCAGAGCCAGAAAAUCAAACCAGAGUCACGACCAGUUUCCUCUCCACUCAGCAGGAGAGGUCAGAAGAACUUUGUCGUCCUCUUUCCUUUCCUGUCUCUGCUACGGCGUUGAACUUACAUUCUUCACUUCCUUCCUCCUUAGACGACCCUCAAUCCACCGCAGGCCGGCACAGCCAGUGGAACCAACAACAAGCGGCGGAGUCAGUACACAGAGAGGCUCAAUUCAAUCUAUGGGCUCCACUGAGCUGACGACACAUUUCAAUGAGCGUUAAACAAGAGACAAGAAACCAAGAGCUUCAGAGGACGUCAAUCACACCGAUUCCUUUGUGCGUUAUUACAUUAAAACCAGUAGGUCACUUCAAGGACUGUGUUUCCACUUGUGUAUUUAUGCUUCUCUUUGUGUUUCCUAAUGUUCAUAAUGGUUUAUCUGUUGUGUGAUGUGUUGAAUGUUUCCAUGUUUGUGGUUUAUUGUUAAGGCAAAGAUGUGAGUUUAACAGGCUUCAGUUGGGGGUCGGUGCCCUCUAGUGUCUCAUGAGAGAAUUACACAAGGUCCUUUCAAACAAAGUGCAUCACAUUCAGAGACCUCAGCACAGGUUUAUCUCUGAUCAUUUCAGUGGCGUCUCUGAGUGUGUGUUGCUGAUAUGAUUUAUAGUCAUAGUAUGCGAGCACACUGAAGAGUAAACAGUGAGAUUGUUAGAAUGUCUUUGGUUUAAGCACUUUGUGACCAAGAGGUACAUUUAUGUAAAUAUUGUAUUCUUAUUCUUAUUUUUAUUUUAUUUUAAAAUUGGUCGGUUUUCCGGAAAGGCCAGCACAAGAAUUUCAAUACACAGGGUGUAAACGGUGUGUAAAUAACAAAAUCUUUGAAUCUUGAAUCUUUGAAGAGGAGACAUCUUGAGGUUAUCUGCAGAGAGAAAGUAUUUUAUGUAUUUGUGAGGUGACGUGUGGUUGUAAAAGUAUUUCAAAGUAAAAGCUGUGAACUCUGUUGGGGAAACACACA